AUGGACACCCCCCUCUCUCUCCUCCCCCGCAUCACAAGCCCCAUCCCUCCACCUCCCGUCCUUCCUCCCCUUCCCCUCCCCCUCACCUCCCGCCCCGCCGGCGCCGCCGCCCAAUCCCGCCCCCGUCUCCUCCUCCCUCCCUGCCUCCUCCGGCCGCCGGCCACCGGCUCCCACCCCAGAAACCUCCCCCGCCCGCCGUCCGACCGCAACGUCAACGAAGCGUCAACACAAGCGCAAGAGUUCACCGGCCGCCCCUCGCCGCGCCUAAGAACAGGCUCUCGUCGUCGUCGAGUUCGCCACCACCCAGAACGAGCGAGCAAGAAAUCUAACCCCCCUACAUGGUCCAGCUCAGCCGCCGUACGUUGCGCCCCGAACGUCGACUUCCUCCUCGUCAUGGGCGACGAGUCGACGAGACUCCGCCGGCUCUGCCGCCGCGAGAAGAUCGCAGGAUCGCCCCACUUCAGCCUUCUAACAAAGUCCUGGCAGAAGAUCCACGAGGAGGACGCUAUUGGGCCGGACCAGCUGAUGGGCGACGUCCUCUACUACGGGGACCACCACUCCCUAGUGGCCCAGCUGCACUCCAGGGAGGACGUUGAGGCCCAAAUCGAGCGGAGCAAAGAAGACGGGAAUCUGUUGGUCUUGGACGUGGGCCUUAAGCACUGUGGGCCUUGCGUUAAGGUCUAUCCGACGGUCAUAAAGCUGUCGAGGUCCAUGAAGGACAGCGUGGCCUUCGCCAGGAUGAACGGGGACGAGAACGAGAGCUGCAUGGAGUUUCUGAGGGACAUGGACGUGGUCGAGGUCCCCACGUUUCUGUUUAUAAGGGACGGGGAGAUCUGUGGGAGGUACGUUGGGAGCGGGAAGGGGGAGCUCAUUGGGGAGAUACUUAGAUACCAAGGGGUUAGGGUUACCUAUUAAAGUCUCGGGUGGUAUCUUUAAAUUUUCCAAUGUUUGUACCGUUAGAAUUAAUAUAAAACUAUAAUCCUUGAUCCUCCACGUAA